AUGAAUAAACAAAAACAAUCAAUAAUGUCAUCUAAUUGGAUUGAUGAUAUUAAAUAAGCAUAAGAUCCACUAGCUCAUUCUUAAAUAUAUAUCAAACAUUUAAAUGAUGGUAAUUAUAUAUGAUUAUCAUAUUGAAAUAAGAAUACUUGUAUCUCAUAAUAAAACAUUGAAAAUUAGAUUAGGGAUAUUUGAAACAGACCUAUAAAUCUCAAAGAUUAUUGUAUCAAAUAAAGUAAAUGAUAAAUAAAAUGAUUAAAAUACACACUAAAAAUAAAAUUAACAGUAAGUUUUAAUAUUAUAAAUAGAGGAACUAAUUAUUAAGGUAUUAAUAAAGAUGAUUUUGAUGAAAAUUUAGGCUAAGCAAUAGAAUAAAUUAAGGAAUUAUAAUAAGUUAUUGAAUAAUUAAAAAAGUAAAAUAUAGAGUUACAUGAAUAAGUGAAAUAAAAAUAAUAUACUAUGAAAUAAACUAAAAUAAUAAUACCUCAUAAAUUUGAAGGGCAUGAUUAUGUAGGUGAUUAAUUAUUGAUUGGAAAAUCUACAUUAGUUAAUGUUAAGAAAAUAUCAUAUGAACCUUAUCAUAAAUCUUCUUUAAAUUAAUAAAAUUCUAAAAAAGAUAAGUAUAAAACAUGUCUAAAGUAUUUAGAUAAAUUUAAAAUUUGAUUAAUUAGAAAAAGCAUUUAGAAUAAGAAAUUCUUCAUUUCAAAGAAACAGGGAUAAUAAGAAAACCCAAACUUGAAGGUCAAGAUUUAGAAAGUAUCAUCAAAAGAUAUGAAAAAAAUAAAACUAUGGCUACAGCACAAGAGAGAUUUAACAAAUAAUUUAAAUAAUAGGAAGAAUUGAAAGAUUAGUAUUUGUAAGCAUUGAUAGAGGAAACUUUUCUAUUGUAAUAACAAUUAAGAUUGAUGACUCAAUAAAAAUCUUGA